AUGGUGACGCUGGCCUGCGUCCUGCUUCCUGCUCGUGGCUGUGUCCUGUGUGACCCCUCCGUCGUGGACGGGCUGAAGAAUUUGGUAGACUCUUACCUACCCCAACACUUGCCACCUAAGGAUCAGGAAGAUGUGAUUAAAAGGCUAGAGAGCGCGGUCCGGGAAUUCCAGGAACUCCCGAUUGAUGAUCAAACCUAUAUGGGAGCCGUUGAUGAGCCCACCCUGCACAAAGCAGCCUGGAGUUUUCUGUCGGAUCUGGGACACCUCACAAGCAGUGGGGUAAAAGGAGACGUCAUGGUCAAGGAGCUUUUCUGGAUGAUACAACGGCAAAAGAAGCGCUUCGUGGACCACUCGGCCCAGUUCCUCAAAGAGUCUUAUUGUCCUAAUAAAUGUGGUUUGAUGUUGCAGGCGCUGAUCUGGUGCAAGGCCUGCGAGAAGCAGGUUCACGCUUGCCGGAAGUCCAGGGAUUGUGGGGAGCGCCAUAUCGAGGUCCGUGAGAUGGAAGACAUGAUCCUCGACUGCGAUCUGAAUUGGCAUCAGGCCUCGCAAGGCCUCACUUCUUACAGAUUUUACAGGGUUUGGGACAAUGAGACUGAGGAACUUCUGACUGAGAGGGAACAGCCCAUCCUGGCCAAGCCCAUGGUGGGCCCAAAGGAUGCAGGCAACUACCGCUGUGAACUGGGCACGGUCACCAACAGCCCGGCCACCAUCAUCUAUUUCCAUGUCAAAGUUUUGCCCAAAGAAACGCAAGAAGAAGAACCACAAUUCAUGCCCGCUCCGGAGAAUGGGGUCCCGAGUACCCUCACGACAGCCCUCCAGGAGCCGACGACUCUGCAGGAGCCCCUGGAUCCCGCCGCGAUGCUAAAAAUCGAACUCAUCUGGCUGCUGCUCCCGGGCCUAGUGGUGGUGGUCUGCAGCACUGGGGCCCUGUGA